AUGGAAACCGAAAUGCUUCUUCAAAUACUUCAACCGUAUUUGGCGCUGUUGACGCCUGAUUUGGGUAAAACUCCGAGGAAAACUAGUCAUCUGAUCAAGGAUAUUUUGGACUUGCCGACAUCAAACGGAGAAAUCGACGAGUUUGGGAGAUGUAAGAAAUCUCUCGAAAAAGAACAGGAGAGAAGUGGCUCAAUCUCUUCGGAGAAAUCCAUGAGAAACAAGAAAAAGAAGGCUCGAACCACGUUUUCUGGAAAACAAGUAUUCGAAUUGGAGAAACAAUUCGAAGCGAAGAAGUAUUUGUCGAGUAGUGAUCGAAGUGAACUUGCGAGAAGAUUAGAUGUCACCGAAACUCAGGUUAAGAUCUGGUUCCAAAACCGUCGCACCAAAUGGAAGAAAAUUGAAUCUGAGAAGGAACGAAUCGCCUCAGAAGUGAUUCCAGAAGAUCAACUCGUAAAGCCAACAUCCGAAUAA